AGCACAUGGCGUUCCAUAUACCUGAAGAUUGCGUUAUCUCUCUCGAUCUGACCGAAAUGGAAAGUGAAGAUAAAACAUUAUUUGAAACUUAAAGAAAUAACUACGGUUUAUGUAUUGGAUGUGAUUCUUGUUUCACGAAACAUCAUUUUGCAGACUAUAAGAAUGAUCAUGAAAGGGUACACGAGACUCUUUUCAAGCAUAGCAUCUAGGAAUCUCACUUCCCUUCAAACCCGCAGCAGCCGUAGACUCCAGUACGACGGAAUGCGAGAUACCGCAGCCGGUGGUCGCGGGCGGCUAAGGUGCAGAUUUCCGCUCUCGUUCGAUCAGCAACUGCAGCAUGGUUUCAGGACAUCAUCUAUUCACCAGCAUCAGUUUGAAGCCGAACAAGGCAAUGCCAGUACUACCAUGGACCAAGAAGAGCUGGAGAAAUUUAGGGUACUAUCACAACAGUUCUGGAAAGAAAGUGGAGACUUUCAGGCUCUCCACAGCAUGAAUGAUCUGAGAGUCCCCUUGAUACGAGACACAUUGUUGAAUGUGAAAUCUGGUGCUAACCGAAGCAGUACAAGACCGCUGCAUGGUGCAACCAUUGUUGAUGUGGGAUGUGGAGGGGGUAUUCUAGCUGAGCCUUUGGCAAGACUUGGAGCAACCGUCAUUGGUGUCGAUGCCACGCCAGAGAACAUUGAGGUAGCUCAGCACCACUUGAGCCAUGAUCCAACCAUUAGAGGCAAUGUGAAAUACAUAUGUGGUACCGCAGAAGAUUUAGUGCGUACCGAGAAUGAGACAUUUGAUGCUGUGGUGUGCUCUGAGGUACUGGAACAUGUCAGUCAAAAAGAAGACUUCAUCAAAACUUGUGCAGAACUUGUCAAGCCUGGAGGUUGUAUAUUUUUCACCUCCGUGAACCAGACGUGGCUGUCCUAUGCUUUAGGUAUCGUCAUGGCUGAGAAAGUCUUAGGUCUAGUCCCUGAUGGAACUCAUGAUUGGAAUAAGUUUGUCAGUCCAGCUUACAUUCAAAGAGUUCUGGAAGAAAGUAAUUGCUCAGUGAGACUCACCCACGGUAUGAUGUACAACCCUAUUACUAAGCAUUGGUCAUGGAUGGAAGACACAAGUGUGAACUAUGCAUUGUGUGCAGUGAAGAGAACGUUUUCAGAGGAAGAGCAUGCAGCUUGAUGAGGCAUUUGAAUCCAGUCACACUGGUAAAGCUGACAACAGAGAGACAAUUGAAAUUCAUUACCUCGAAUGAGCAAGAAGUGAUCUGUUCAGUAUUUGUGACUGAGGCUUGUGAUCAAGCAGAGAGGGGACUCUUAUCGGCAUCACAAUUUUCUAACAGUAUAUGCAAUGUGUGUGAUCUUUAUUGUCAUCGUCGUAGUAACACACAGACACUAUUCCUGUGAUGGUAUGUAGUAUUCAGUUACAGGGAGGGCCUUGUCAUCAUUGUAAUGCCAAGCCAUUUUUAUACGCCCGUCUAGACGGGACAUAUUAUGGUAUCACGCUCGGUGUCCGUCCGUCUGUCUGUCUGUACAUGUGUCUGUCCGUUAACUUUUCCUUGUAAACGCGAUAACUUCAGUUUAACUUAACCUAGGCUCAUAUAAUUCGGUGUGUAUGAUACUAGCAUGAAUCCCAGGGAGCCUAUUGAUUUUGAGAUCAAAAGGUCAAGGUCACACUGACAUGUUUUCAUCUUACCCUUCUGAAGUCUUGUAAAUGCAAUAACUUCAGUUUAACUUAACCUAUAGGCUCAUAUAAUUUGGUGUGUAUGAUACCAUCAUAGAUCCCAAGAAUUCUUUUGAUUUUGAGGUCAGACAGUCAAUGGUGAAGUCGCCACCUUCCACUUUUCUUGCUUGACCAAUAUCUCAAUUUUCUGCAAUACAGGCGGGCGUAUUAUGUGCUAGCCAUAGCAACACUCUUGUUUUGUGAUGGUAUAUAGUAUUCACUUCUAAAAGAGGGUUGAUUCCUUAUUGUCAUCAUAAUAGUAAUAAUGAAACACUGUUCUUGCGACAGAACUUACCAUUCACUUCCAAAGAGGGUUGGAACUGGUGCCUUUUGUUGUGGCGAAAGUCAUUAAGUUAUUUAGUAGGCAAUAGCAAAGAUUUAAUAUUGCCGGGUAUGUGUUUAAAAUGGUUUGGAGAAGGUGGUGUAUUGGCAAAAGUUAUGGACGCUCGUGUUAAACUUUAUUAGAAGUUGUUUUGACUUAAAGCCAAGCUUAGACCAGUUAGGAUGUGGAUAUUGACAAAUAUUUACUGGUACUAGUUGUGCAAUGUAUUAUGUUCCAUUCAAUUCAAUUCAUUUAUUAACCAUCUAAAUUUAUGUUUUGUCACAUUUAUGCAUUUAUAUAUUAUGUUAUUUUACAUUGUAUUUAAAUAUUUUUUAUAUGGUUAAUAAAUGAAUUGAAUCGCAAAUUAAGAUUUACAUGUAAAUCCUGUAAAUAACAAACAGUAAAUGUUUGUUGAAUAUGCUGUCAUGAUGUUAGAUCGCUUGAAGUUUGACUACAUGGUAAUUAGACAGAUCAUGUGAUAAUUUACCAUAAUCAAGAAUGUACCCUCUUAUAUCAACAUUUUCAGUUUGCAAUGGAAGUUGAAUUUGUAAAUCUUUGCAUUGAAACAUAAUAUUUGGACAAGGCUCAAAUGAAAAUUCAUGGCAUAAGUUUGGUUUUCCUUCUUUUCUAACCAAUCUCUAAUUUCUUUUUUUUUUUUUACAAAAUAUAUCUCCUUGACUCUCUGAAUUUCUUCUUGCUUUUGUUUUUUUCAUUGAAUAGAAGCCUCGUUUCAUAAAUCUUAUUAGUAAAUAUGCGAGUACUCAUUGCUCUUUGCCAAUCACAUGGCACAAAAGCAGUAACUUUGAAUGGUAGAUUAUACCUUGCAUAGAUAACAAGUUUGAUGAUACAUUUCCCUGUUCAUCAUUUACAAUGAAUAAUUCAAAUUAUUGUGCAUUUCAUAAAUAAUAAAAAUCAUAUUUUCCUUCCUUUUCUGCUUCUCAAUUAUAAAAAACAAUUAUAAAGUCAGUGACUCGUUUAAAAAAGAAAUUAAGAUUAGAACUUGUCCAUUAUGAACUAUCAUAUAUUGAUUGUUUUGUUGUUGUUUUUUUUUAGUUCUUUUACCUCUCUACUCAUUUUGUCCUGGAAAGAAAGAAAGAAAGAAAAAAGAAAUAAUGAAGGAAGGAAGGAAAGAAAAGAAAGAAAGAAAUGAAAAGAAAAGAAAAAGAAAGAAAAGGGAAAACUUAUUUAAAGAAAGGGAAAAGAAAAGAAAGAGACCUAGGCUCCAUAACACAAAGGUUAGUGAUUAUUCACUAACUGAAAUGACCUAUCAAUUAAGAUCAUUGUUGCAUGUGCAUUUGGAGUGUGGACCAAUUUUCUAAAACAAUUAUGUUUAUUAUUUUCAAAACUCACUUUUUCCAGGGGGGGGGUGACCCUCCCCUCCCUAGAUCUGCCCAUGUGAGAAUGAUUAAGAGCAGAAAUAAAACAAGAACAAAGUAAUGUAAACUUGGAAGCAUGUUCCAUAAAUCUUGAAUUCAACAAAAAUGUACCCCCCCCCCAUUUUAUCGGGGUCCACCCGCUAGUCAUAAGGACUACUGGUCAUAAUACCCGAUAGUCAAAAGGACCGCUAGUCAUAAUAGUCAUAAGGGUCUAUGUUCACAGAGGUCGCUAGUCGUAAUCAACGAUGAGGGUCGCCAUUCAUAAUCAAAGAGGGUCACUAGUCAUAAUCAAGCAAGUGUGUCACUAGUCAUAAGGAGGAAAGGGGUUCGUUAAUCAUAAGGUUCGCUAGUCAUAAUAGUAGAAGAGGGUUGCCAGUCAUAAUAACUGAAUGACUGGCGCGAACCUCUUAUACUAUUAUGACUAGCGAACCUCUUCACCUAUUAUGACUGGCGACCCUUAUGAUUAAUGUACACCUUUUCCUUUUUAUGACUAGCGACCCUCAUCUAUUAUGAAUACCGAUCCUCCUUGUCGAUUAUGACCAGCGAUCCUUAUGAUCAAUGACCAUUAUGGUCUAUUAUAACGAUCCUUGUGAUCAAUGACCGUUAUGGUCUAUUAUGAAUAACGACCCUCAUCUUGUAUUAUGAAUAUCGGACCUUUGACUCAUGGUCCUUAUGACCUUAUUAUAGUGACCCCUUAUUUCCCUAUUAUGACUAGCAAACUUUUGGGUAUAGGAUUUUGCACGUUAUGACUAGUGGUCCUUAUGACUAGCAUUAGCGGGCUUACCCCCAUCUUAUCAAUGUCCAAUAACUGAAUAGAAUGACUAAAAAAAUAACUGAAAUUUAAAGAUAUUAAAGAAGAUGAAUAUAUAUUGACCAAGGAAA